UCAAAUAGAAUGUGUUUAUAUAAGGCGGGUGAAGCUAAAAUAAUUUAUUCAAUACAUCAUUACGUGUUAAGACGUCCAACGUUCCAAAAAAUGUCUGAAGUAACAGUUUUGGGCGUUGGUACAUUAUUUUUAUUAUUUUUUUCAUUUAGUAAUUCUUCAUCAAUAGUAUUUCAGAAAAAAUGUUGCCUUCAAGACUCUGCUUGUUUGACAGAACAAGCUAGAUCAAUAUUAAAGACGUUUAUGGAAGGUGACGCAGAACUUGGGAUAGAGAAAAUGGAUAAAAUGUCGAUAGAACCCGUGGAAAUAAACAAAAAUGGUCUGAUAUUCGAAGAUAAAAACCUUGAAGUGGAAGGAUUGCAAAAUUCUGUUAUUAGUAACGUCAGUGUCAAUUUGAACUUUAAAGCUAUUGUAAUAUCGUCAUUGGUAAAAUCAGUAGUAAUAACUGGAGAUUACACUGCAAGCGGCUCAUUAUUUGGAUCACCUGUCUUUGGAGAUGGCAAAUCACUGAAAAAAUUUAAUGGCGUAAAGAUGGACAUAGUGUUUUUAUAUGACAUUGAAAAAAACAAAGAUGGAAAUGACGUCGUUAACUUAAAAAGCCACGUUUAUAGUGUCAGUCUAAUCGGUGGGGUUUAUCAAUGUUAUGAAAAUGCUUUCAACAAUGACAAAGAAAAAAGUGACCAGCUUCAUGCUAUGAUAAAUGACAAUUGGAGCAUAAUAUUUUAUACUUAUGGAGACCUGUACUUUUCGAAAAUCAUUGCCAAAAUAUUCAGUGGACUUAAAAUUUUCCUAGCUUCGCAAAAUUUAAAGGACAUGGUGAACUAUUGAUGUAAUGUUUUGUGUUUAAAAUUUAAAUUGUAUUUCUUAAUUAAAACAAUUGUAUGAUUGUGGGUAGAAUAAUAUAUAUUCAAACAUUUUUGUAAAACAUAUUGUAAAAAUUGCGCGCCAUUUAUAUGGCAAUACACUAUGACUUUAUAUUUGUAUGACCAUCUUUUAUAUUUAAGUGUAUAAUAUACUAAUAAGGCGAAUAAUAAAGGCAAAUAAAGUUCA